CGCUGUUCCCGGAUGUCUCGGCCCCAGCCCCGCAGGUAAAGGCGCCGCCGGAGCCGCUGCUCGAAGGGGAGUGUCUCUGAGCCCGUGAGGAGAGUAACCCCUCCCAAUCCCCCCCCGGUGUUGACAGCAUGAACAACAAGUUCGACGCUUUAAAAGAUGAUGACAGUGGAGACCAGGAUCAACAUGAGGAAAACCACACACAGAAAGAGAAUGAGAAAGAGAAAACAGACAAAGAGAAACCUCAAAAUGUUACCAAAAGGAAGACUGUUGUCCCUGGCCCAGGAGAACAUCCGCUACAGUACAACUAUACAUUUUGGUAUUCCAGACGUACUCCAGGUCGACCCACCAGCUCUCAGAGCUAUGAACAAAAUGUUAAACAGAUUGGAACAUUUGCUUCUGUUGAACAGUUCUGGAGGUUUUAUAGCCAUUUAGUUCGACCUGGUGAUCUCACAGGCCACAGUGACUUUCACCUAUUCAAAGAUGGCAUUAAACCAAUGUGGGAGGAUGAAGCAAAUAAGAAUGGUGGAAAAUGGAUUAUCCGUUUGCGAAAAGGACUAGCAUCACGUUGCUGGGAAAAUCUGAUCUUGGCAAUGCUGGGAGAGCAGUUCAUGGUUGGAGAGGAGAUAUGUGGAGCUGUUGUUUCAGUUCGAUUUCAGGAAGAUAUUAUCUCAAUAUGGAAUAAAACUGCAAGUGAUCAAGCUACAACAGCUCGCAUACGGGACACAUUGCGACGUGUUCUAAAUUUACCACCCAAUACCAUAAUGGAAUACAAGACUCACACUGACAGUAUCAAAGACAAUUCAAGCUUUCGGAAUACAAAAAUCACUUUAUGAGAUCUUCAUUACACUUAUUUGUUUAUUUGGAAGGUAUGGCAUGCUUUGUUUUAAAGAAGUAACCAUUUUUUAAAAAUUAACAAUACUUCAGAAUGGGAUGGUGCUCAAUAUGAAUCCUGGAAUAGGACAUUGUUAUUUCUGGGAAGAAUUACUCUAUUUUCAGUUGUUUUCACAAAGUGAAUUGCAUUUUUGUUUAAAGUCAGGCUGGGUCUGUUAUGCUAAUGUAUACUGUUUCUAUUGAGUUUUGCUACCUUAGUUUUAAAAAUUGUGACUAUUGUAAAUGUUGGUGUUUUGUGAAUACGUUGUGUUAGACAUGGGGAAAAAUGAGUCUGCUUACUGGUUUCACCUAAUUCCUAUCAUUUCAUUGUCAUUCAUCUUUGUAAGUUAUUUUCAUCAUUUAUUUUGUUAACUUCUCAAUUUUUUAUGGAAAAAUUGCUGCAACUCAAAUCUUUACCCUGGACUCAGAACGAAUACCACAUUAUUUGUACGGUGCUAUUUCCCAAUAAACAGCACUUUAUG